AUGAGUAAAAAAAUGGACAAAGAAGGCUGGGAGGGAGAGGAGGGGAAAGAUAAAGGGCAGGGAGUGGGUAGCGGUAGCGCAGCAGCAGCGGGCAGCAGUAAACAGCUGUCCCUGUCCCCACAUCUGCUGCCUCCUCCCCUGCCUUCUUCCUCAAGCACGUCGUCACUCCCCGGCAAUCCCCAGCCGCCCCAUUCCAAGGUUACCGGCAGCGGUGUGGGGAUCAUCAGCCCCAGCAACAUCCCCAGCAGCCUCUCAGCUGGUCUAACUAGUCACGCUAGCCACCUGGCCAACAGCCACUCUAGCCUGCUAGCCAUCAGCCACGCCAGCCAUCUCUCGAACAGCCACUCAAGCCACUUGGCAAGCGGUCUCUCCAGCCACUUAUCCAGCAGCCAUGCAAGCCUCUUAUCCAACAGCCACUCGAGCCUCUUAUCCAACAGCCCCUCGAGUCUGUUAUCCAAUAGCCACUACCCCAGCAGCCACCUAGUCAGCCUCUCAGGUCCUCCCCUACACCUUCAUCCCCACAGUUCCUCCCCCAAUUCCCCCUGCCUCAACUCCUCCUCCACCUUCACCACCAACAGCUCCUCGUAUCGCUCCACUGCGCCUCCCCUCUCUCUGGGAACCCCAAUCCUCACCACAAGCGUCCCGGGACGCCCGCUGUCACCCGUGGGGAGGGACGCCACGUAUCACCACGCCCUGGGGACGACGGGGACGGGCAGUUCAUCGUCGGCGUCGUCAUUUGCUGCCGCCCUCAGGACCUUAGCCAAGCACGCCACGUCGCCACUCGUGGGCGAUAAAGAUGGCGGCGGAGGUGGCCGCUCAACUAGCGGGGAAGGCCACUCCUCCACGCAGAGAUCUUCCCCUAAACACAUCCCCAGCUCGUCCUCCCAGUCCUCUACAGUGAGCAUAGCCCCAACACACGCUCUUCCCCUCAUCUCAGACCCCCGCAAGAGCCUGGACAGCCUCAGUGGGGAGAUGGCUUUGGUGACAUCAGAGGCUCUUCGCGCCUCAUCGCUUGGGGAAGACCUCUUGGUCCGGGGAUUCCAGCCAUACAGAGCCCCUGAUCUCACUCCCACUUCUGUGGGGGGAGCUCAAGCUUCCCUCAGACCUCCCCUCGCGCUGGACCUGCAGUCGACCUAUUCUCCAUACCAUCCCUCCCUCUACCCCAUGUCCCUCUCACAUCCGGGAUACAGAUUAAAGCUGGAGGAGGACAUGCGGCAGAGAGAAUACGAACUGGAGUUGCGGAGAGAGAGAGAAUUGGAGAGAGAACGAGAGAAGGAAAGAGAGAGAGACAAGGAAAGAGAACGAGACCGGGAGAGGAGCAGAGAGCGAGAAGAAAAGAGGGAACGAGGGAGGGAGAGGGAACGAGAAAGAGAGCAUGAAAAAGAGAGGCACAAACAACAUGAAGAUCGGGCAAAGGCUUCAGAUCGGCAUCUCAGAGAUCGCAGCCCCCUUUCCAGCCCCCACACUCAAGCCCACUCGAAUAAUUCACAUUCAUCCCACGCCAUCCCCUCGAGUGGAGCCCUCACUUCGAAUGGCCCUCACCCACUACUGACGACCACCGCCCCAUACACCCUCGGGGACCAAGCCCUCCCCGUGUCCGGGGCUAACACCCACGACCUCACGGGAAAAUCCGACAGUCUUGUUCAAAACCCCUUGCCUAACAAUAGCAAUAUUAAUGGUCCGAGUGCCGUUCCUAACGUGUCUUCUACAAGAGCACUGCCGACCGUGGGAGUAAACACCAAUGGCACCUUCCUCCCCAGUACGGACGCCGGGGGAAGGAAUUUAGAUGCCGUGUCUGUCAGCACGAGAAGUGUAGAUGCUGCGUCUCUGGCAACUCGUACUGCAGACUCUAGUGCAAUAAAAAGCCGCGCUGCAGACUCUAGCAGUCUUUGUAACAAAACCUUAGAUCUCUCUACGACUGGAUCCCAAAUAUUGCCUAGCAGUCGUGUUAGAAGCUCGUCCACACCAACUGUUGUCUCAACCAUCGUCGGGGGAAGUUUAGCUCCAGUCUUGAGCAGUUCUCCUAGUCUGUGUGGUUCUUUGGUACCUGGUGUCAAUAGUGUAGUCGUUGCAGACCAGCUAAAUGGGCCGUCUGGUCUGAUGGAGGAGAGGAACGCUCACGUCAGCGUUUCUGAAUCUCCGUUGCUGUUGAGCCAGAAUUUACCAGAAGGUCCUGCGCAGUCCGUAAUGGGUGUGCUGCCUGCACUUGGGGGGGUGAACGGACUGAAGCUCGCCGGGGGCCUCACCCAAGCACCUAACACAGAAGGAAACCACGUCAGCACCAACAUAUUGCACCAAAAAAAAGUUCCAUCAGGCACCACUUCACCGCCUGCCGCGGUUGUAUCGAACGCUGCACGGUCUCUCCCCGCAGCUGUUUUCCUCCCAGCUGCUGCGCAAUCCAUGCCCUACAGUAGCCAGCCUUCUUCUCAACCCCAAACUUGUGCCGACACUGCCGCUUCAUUCGACCCUCAGUUACUCCCGACAAGUUCUGUGCCCUUAUCUCUCUCUUCACAGCUCGUGGUGGCUCCCCACCAAAUCCCUCCGUCAACAUCCCCAUCUAGACUUGCAUCAGGAGCCACAGUCCCUUCGGGUACGAAGCUUCCAUACCCUCAUUCCCUACCUUCAUCGCUAAGUUCUCAGUCUAAGGGAUCCGUAUUACCACCCACGCCAGCCACAAGCUUAUCCCUGGUCCCCUCCACAACCACCCUCGGCGUCCCCUAUACCCCGCCUGGGGCCCUUCAACCGCUCCCUCUUUCCACGCCGGACGCAGGGCAGAUGAAGACUGAAAUUUUGACUGCCACAUCGCAAUCUUUACUUUACACUGACCACUCCUUGCCACUCACGACUCACUCUUUACCACUGGGGUCUCAGACGCUGUCUCUCACCACUCUCCCAUUGUCAUUCUCCUCCCAGGCCCUCUCGUACACCACUUCUGCAGUCCCAGCACCUGCGCGAGUAACAGCAAACCCUACGAGUAACAACACGACCAUUUCUACUCAUGUUAUAUCUCUACCUUCUCAACCACUCCCAUUCGCUACUCAAACCCCACCACUCUCCUCUCAAGCCCUGUCACUCAUCUCUCAAGCAUUACCUCACACAAAUUACGCAUUGCCUAUCACCACUCAGCCGUUGCCUAACACCACUCAGCCUUUAGCCUUCACCACCUUAGCUCUCUCUUUCACCACUCAAUCAUUCUCAGCCCAACCGUCGUCUGUUGCUGACCGCGUAGGCAUCCCAAUUUCUUCGGUCGCCGAGCGGUUGGGCGCAUCUGCUCUUCCUGUGGUGACUGCAACGCACAGUGUGUUGGGUUCAUCUCGAUAUUCUCAAGUCGGUGGUACCACAUCAACUAUACCAUUGAUACCUACAUCACAAGGGCUCACGAGUACAACCAAGUAUCCUGUAGCCUCUGGUAGUGCAAUUUCACUGCUGUCUAACCCCACAGUGUCAGGGUCUAUCGUCGGUAAGUCCACGCCUUUACUCACGUCAGGUCACAUGGUUUGUAACACCAGUUCAUUUGAGGGUUCGGGCAACUUGUCAGGUAUCCCUGCCACGUCAAUCAUAUGCACUAGUUCCAUGGGAGGUAUUCCUGCUACAAACAUCACCUGCGGUUCUUCUGGAAUGACGGGGACCUCAUUUCCCGGAAAGGCCAUCACGCCGGCGAACUGCUCUUCAAAUCUCGUGGCCACUUCUGUUAACGUGACCACGCCCAAUGCAGGCGUUCCACCUAUAGCAGUUUCUUUGCUUACUUCUUCGACCCCAAGUACUUGUAUCCCAUUGGACCCAUCAACUGUGAUGUCGCUUGGCGGGCCUGCAGGGCACAUCUACGCCAGUGUGAACACCUCCAAAGACAGCAGCGAGCACGCCAUCACGGGACGUGAACCGCGUAGCACAAUUGGUAACGGGCCCUGUAUUAAUUCAGCUUCGUCUAGCACUUACCCUUCGGUUUUAGGUGCGAUGUACCACACGAAUAACCUCCCUUCUGGACAAACCGUUGGUGUGACAACGGCCCCGAAACUGGCCACAUCUCUCAUAGUCAGGCCGUUUGAAGUGUCACCUCCAGGACGGACUCAAACUUGCCUUCCGACUGCUGUGUCAUUGGCUAACUCAAUCAAUGCCGCACUGAGCACGAGCAACCCAAUUAUCGGUGGCUUGACCUCUGCUUCUCUACCUUCCUGUACGCCGGACCAAGUUUUCCUUAACAAGAACUCUGUCUCUGUGAAGAUUGAACCUGGCGUUGAUGAGCACAAGAAUGAAGUAGUUUUCAAUCAUUCAGGAGUAGCGCAAUCGCGUGCCUCUAUUCCUGUGGAGACAAGCAGGACGUUGUCAGGAAGCGGUAAAUCAAUCGUUACAUCAGUGUGGUCAACCCCCCUGCCCGGUGUUGUGCAGUGCAAGAUAGAGCCUAUGCAAGUCGACUUCCCAACUCAACACAGUACUUUCUCUUAUCCCCCUAUGGGGUUGAAUUUACAGGGACAAUUCUCCGAUGUCUCUUCAGCAUUAACGGUUUCUUCGGAGCAAAAACUUCUCGUGCCAAAGUCGGAACCCAAUUUGUCGUUUUAUGUAAGCAACCUUGUUUCAUCCGUCGCUUCUUCUCCCGCUGGUUCUGUACAUAGUCAGCUAGUGGGCGAUAAACCUGUCGAUGUUUCAAGCAAUGUUCUCAUCAAGGCAGGAAUGGCCGUGUUGCAUCCGGCUAACAAGGACACCAACUUACCUCCAUCAUCAGCAGUCAACACGAUAGGCUUACAGUAUCCUCUCAUACCCUCCACUGUUGCCAACAAUGGCAUGAUCGUAUCUUCAGUAACUGGUAUCCCAAAUUCAGCAGAUUUUCCGAAAUCGUCUAGUAAAAUCGUCGCGACAAGUUUGCCUGUGACUUUUGCUUCGUGUAGUUCGGCUUCAGUUGACACACCUGACUUUGUGCCUGUGUUCUAUCCUCAGUCAUACGCCAUGGCAGCUUCUAUUCCGCCUGCAGUAUCGACUGCUUGUGCUGUCACAAACUUCCCUCCAACAACGGGCCCGAGUAACCUGACUGAAUUGAAUCUAGCUGGCUGUGCUGCCGACAAGCAGAAUUUCCUAGCAAACUUUAACUCAUCUGCAGCGGUGACUUCUAUCGGGGCACUUGGUUUUUCAGGAAGUAAUGGAGAUGUUCCUUCAAACUCCUUACUGCUUACCGAUAGCGGUCUCCUUCCGUCAUCUCUGAUUGCCGUGUCUUCGGGCAUUAGCUCUCAACACAAAAUGAUUUAUUCUGCUCCAAUGUUUUCCUCCUUACUUUCUGGUGGCCUCCCGAUAUCGGUGAACUCGGCUGUUACAAACCAAGCGUUGGUAGUUGAAUCGGCCGGUGAGUCAAUCGUCCCAAGCUCCUGCCCUCCCUCGGCAGGUAUGACUACCGGACAGCGCAUACCUUUCGAUGCGUCGAACAUUUCCAAGUCAGUGAUGGCAGUGUCCAAUGUAGCAACAUCUUUAACGCACAGUGCGGGGGCAUCGACAGUAUCCUUGAAACUUCCUUUCAACAGCGGAAGCAAUUUCUCGCUGCCAUCCGUGACCGCAGCGUCCACAUACGUGCACAUUAUUCCUCCACGCGUGGCCACUCCUGAGAUGCCUAGGUCCCCCGUCAGUCUUUUGGACCUGCGCGCGAAACAGGAAGCUGAUCAGAAGGUGCAGGAGCGUCUGGAGUGUAAGAAGCAGGAGGCGCAGUGCAAGAAGCUGCGUGAGGCGCUCAAGACGUUGGAAGAAGCCCAUUUAGAACAGCAGCAGCACGCGCUACAGGAAAGCAUCAUAAAGGAAGAAGCCAAUAUCAAGAGGGAAAUUAAAUCUGAAGUUCCGCGAUCUAGAAAAGAAGAAAUCAGGAUUCGGAAAGAGGAGGAGAAAGCUGCAAGAGAAGAGGCGAGGAAUCGCAAAGAAGAAGCCCGGCAGAAAAGAGAAGAGGGAAUGAGAGUAAUUCGCUCAGAGCUGAAGAGAAAGCUACUGGAGGAGCGGCAAGGCAGCAUCACCAAGAAGAGAGUCACUCUCUUGCAUAAAGGCCUGCCGGCUCCGCUAGACUUGCCGGAAGAGAAAAUUGCCAUCUUCAAAUGCGUGGGUUUGGUGACCCACGAUGCUGCCGGUGAAGUGCUCUACAGUAACUGCGAACGUCGCGUACGACAACUGCAUCCCCUCCUCUCCCCUCCUGCUUGUCCCUCCCCCGCCCUCAAGAUCUCAGACUCGGGCGAGCAGCUCGCUCUUGCCAUAGCGCCCUCUGCUAGUAAGGGCUUCAUCAACCCGAAGUUGCUUGAAACGCAACAAGACCUCAACAAGAACGCCUUCCUCCACGACAUCGGGCUCAAGAAGCAACACCCCAUCGACGCUCAGAAUCUGGAGUUCCAGUACCAAAUGGCCUUAGAGGAGCGAUUGCGGCGCUACUCCAACAGUGCGCUGCAGGACAGCAUGACGAGUACAGUGUGUGCUGCGUUGCUCGCGCGUCUGCGAGAGCGCGAAACCCAAGUUUCUAUCGAAGCUAGUCACAUCUUCAGCGUAGCUGAAGCAUCAAACUGGCAGCCAGAAAACUUGGGGACUUUGAAAGCAAGCAACUCAUCGCGUUGCGCUGCCAACGGCCCCACCCUUCAAGUUCCUGUGUCUGGAAAUUUGGUCGUCGCCAAUUCUGAAAAGAUAUCUGAGCGACAAUUGUUGUUUGGCACGGUACAUGGUCGUGCGCCAUUGCAGCCAAUCCUUCAGUCUAAUAAUCUCGCUAAUAACUCCAAGCACGGCUCCUUGUUAGACUCUAAAAACUCAGGAGUCCUCUUUCAAAAUUCUGAAAUCCUCUUGUCAAAAAUAGCACUGAUGCCACCUCAGCAACAACUGCAAGUUCAAAUGCAGCUGCUCAGUCAACAACAACAUUUGACUGGAGCCGCUCGCGAGCUACUCAUGGCUCAGCUGUCCUCCAUUGCUACUUCUGUUUCGGACUCUGUUUCAAUUCAGCACAUUGCAAAUAUACCGGCAAAGAACACUUUACCACUGCCAAUCUUACACACGCCAUCCUCGUUCGCGGAAAUUUCCCGCGUAGACGGCAGACCGAUUCAAUUGAAUGUUGAACAAGGCUUCGCGUCAGGUCAAACUUCAGAGAACGGCUCCGGCCCAGGCUCGUUCCCUGCCUCCCCAGGCAAAUCUACCACGACCAGCGCGUCAACUUUGGUAAUUCCUCAGCCCCUUCCUCCCGCGGGGACCGCUUUGCCUGGUAACUUCCCUGGCCACGCUGAGACGGUCAAAGUUGAAGUGCCCUGCAGCUUCUUGAACGGUCAACUCCCAACUGCUGGCGUGAGCGUCAGUCUCUCGUCUCCCGGUAAUAUUGCCGGCACAAAUAACAUGGGCAGCGUUGAAGUGGUCGGUAUCAACGGUACCGUGCUGCCGCAUGGCUUGGUUGCUCCCCAACCAGCUGUACACCAUGCUGGUCAGGAGGACGUGUUGCUGCUGCCGCCCCCCGAAGCUGACGCGUCUCUGGCUGGCCUGCACGGUCUCGACAAGGUCAUCGAGCAGUUCUUGGCUGCCGCUGCUCUUGGAGCGGCGAGCAAUGCUGUACUGGCAAGCCACGUCGCCGGUGUACGAAGAUGCCAAGCCGCGGUCAUCAGCACAGCUCAGCUGGUGCAGGAGCAGGUACAACAGCUUGUGCAGACACGUCAACAGUUGGACGCUCAUCGUCUCACUCUGCACCAACAUCUGCAGGCAAUCACCGCCCUUUUUUCCACUGAAGCUAACAAGUCUAACGACGGUGCUGGCUUAGAGGUACUGCCGAGUCGUGACGAUAAGCCUCAACGAGCUGUUGUAAACUUCGCGGCUUCUAAUCCAUGCCCACCUGUGUCGAGUGGGCAGCAGGAAAGUGUACCUAAUGUGAGCAUGGCCCUCGCAAGUGAGGUCUGUCAGGAUGGGCUGAGCAAUGCCGAGCAAGUGGCUCGUGUCGGCAAUGGAGUGCAGAGUAACGGUGUAGGAACGAAGCUCUGCAGUGCAGGUCGACAAUCCCAUGCUAUACCAUCAUUCUACGACAACGGUUCCCCCAUCCGGCCUGGGGCUCUAUGCAGCAACAUUUCUGUGUCGGUUGCGGUGACUAGUGCAGCAGGGAAAGCUAUUAACGACGUCGGGAGGAAUUUGAUGGUUGUGAGCAAGCCCGUGACCAGCUUACCUACUUCGUCAUCCACAUUCGCACUGUCUCAAAUUCCGACGGUUCCUGGGAUCCCAUGUACCGUAGUCGAUGGUUUCAGCUUCAAGACUGGCAAAGACUCAGAAAUUUUAACAGAUUUUGUGACGGGCCCAAACGAGAAUGUUUCAUAUAUUGACGCAAAUGGAAAACUGGUGCUUAACAGGUUGAAUAAUGUCCAUGUUCAGUCUGCUGUUAACUCUCCUGUUAACCUCGAUAAAACUAUGUUUGCGAUUUCUCGUCCUGUUAGUCCCUCCCCCGUUAUCGGUGGUUCUCUGUACCCACAUGCGCUCAAUCUUACUCACAAUUCAAUACCUUCAACGUCCCAUGCUGCGAAUGCAACACAUGGAGACAAACUUACGGACUUUUCCAAGCAAGGUAUCAACUCGUCUGCGUAUUCGUUGCAAUGCAAAGACGUCCCACAGACGACAGUUAUUUGUAGGGGAAAACAAAUGAUCAUCGGAAACGGUUUGACUCCAUCUUCGACAACCAUUGAGGAAUCCAAAGGUCUUGGCAAUAUUUUAACGCCUGCGAAUGCCGCGAACACCACAUUGACCGUACCAAUAAAUUCACAAGGAAGUAACGCUAGAUCUGCUGAAAUUGCCAAUCUCGAUUUGAGUUCACCUGCCAAGCGUCCCUGCCUGAGUUUCGAUGCUGUGAACUUGAUCAACGGGGCCAAGACUGGCGAUCAACUGCGGCCUGUAGUCACGGCCUAUCCCGGAGCUCUCAAUAACACAGGCCUUAAAUUAAACUCUUCCAUGGUUACCGUGACUCUGCCCGCAUCCGUCACCGAGGGUUCGGUUGCGAGUCCAGUGCCUUACCAGCCUCAGCCGCCGUCACUCCCUGGCAGCGCAGUGUUGCCUCUGAAUAUCGACCUCACAUCACCGGUGCCUGCUCGCUCUUCGCCAGUCAACCCUCCUCUUUCGAUGUCAUCGCAGUCUUCUCGGUCAACUACUGCUUCUGGAACACCUCCAUUUAUUUCCACUACGCCUACGUCAGUAAACUCAAUCACUAUGCAGACCACUCUCUACAAUUCUACUUUAACUAAAAAUAACUUCAGCCAAUCAUCUUCAACGACUCCCCGAAAGAAUUAUACCUCUAACCAAAUGACCCACAAUUCGAAUGUUCAUUUGAAUCACACUGCUACUGCACAUCCGCAAAGCUUGUCCGUUGAAGCAUCCGCAAAAAUCAUUGCAAAUUCCAAUUCAGGAUUGCCCAGUCCAUUCGCCAUCGAUCAAGUAAUGCGAAGUUCCCCCAAACCAUCGACCAAUGCUCCGACCGCACUGAGUGCGAGUAGUAAGAAUCAGUUUACUGGAAACUCGAGUGUCAUUGUCAGUGUAAAUACCACAGUGUUUGGUUCAACGUUAAAUUUAUCAUCGAACUCUCCAACUUUACGGUCCGAAAUCCAAGCUGAGUCAAAUGAACCCAUUUCUUCCAGUGGCUCUUGGUCCAAGAAUCAGUUCGUCAUCACGACGCCUGCAGAUUUACCUAAACCUUAUUUCGCUCCUCACCAAAUCGUGUCGGGUGCCAAGGACCUAUCGUCCCAUAAGCCUGAAAAUCUUGCUCAGAAGGGCGUAUCAGGCCGUGCUGUUCAUGGCAUAUCCUCGGCUAAGCCUACCAAUUCGAAAGAUAGCUACAACACGUUGCAUGGGAAACGCUCAUCUAAUUCUGCAACGUCUGCUUCUGUACAAGCUAGAUCCAUACAAGCGGGAAAUGCAGCGUCAACUGCAGCAACUCCUCUGCCCACAUCCACCGCAUCUGUUAUAUUGCAGCCUUCAUCGUCUACGGUGUAUGGCAAAAAAAUGUAUCAAUCACCUCAUAAAAUGAAUGGCAUGGGAGGAGUGAGCACUUCCGGGUCCAAGCACAUGGGGGGAGGUGGCAUCAGCUCCCAGGGUUAUAAAGCGAACGCUAAAGGCGUCCUCGGCCCUGGUCAAACUCAAGUCCGAGCAGCAAACCACGUUAGUCAAUCCAAGCAUCACAAGCGUCCUGAUCAGAGAAGUCCUGCAAGCUUGAGCUCUGUAUCUAUUGGGCCUCACAUACCGAGCUCUGUACCUGCUGGAUCUCACAUGACAACCUCCGUACCUACUGGUCCUCACAUACCGAGCUCAGUACCUGCUGGAUCUCACAUGCCGAGCUCAGCUCAGAAACACGGCCAGUACAGGAGCGUUCAGCACAACAGUAAAGCUGAUCACGGGUCCCUUGUUAAGUCUAAUAAAGCAAACCAUAACAAAAGUGGCGUCGCCUUCACUCCGUACACUUCGAGCAAGUCUCCGGCGUCGAAGGUUCAGCCCUGGUUACCUCACACUUAAAAUGCACACGAAUAGUUUUAUUUUUGAGGCGUUUCCUGGGAGCUUCUCUCAAUUGAUGAAGUUUAUUUGUUUUGUUUUUUUUUUCGGCUGCAGUAAAUUCAUGCAGGAAAAUGUAGUAAUUAUAACAAAAAUUAUGUACCCCUUCAUGGCAAGUGUUUGGUUCCACAACACUCCUGAAGAGUAAACUCUAGUCUCUUACAAAUAACAAUUCACAAUCCAUUCUCAGACGAACUUGACAGUAGUGCAUUAUGCAGACUCAAAUUUGAGGACUUAACCGUAAGAUGAAUGCCAUGACUUCGAUUUUUCUAGCCUUUGUUGAUGUUAAAGACAAGAACCACGUGAUGGCCCCUUUGUACAUAUGCUCCCCUGAAGUAUACCUGUACUCGACAUUCACGAAGUCUAUCAGUAAAAAGACAUGCAAAAAUGGCUUCUCGUGAAUACUUGUGUGAUAUUUAGACCUUAGGAACAUGAGUACGAUGAGCUUGUGUUGCAAAUACAAUAUCUGAUGCGCAGAUUAUAGUGAAAGUUUCGAUAUCGUGAAAUAGGGUAAGGAAGACAUGUUACCUUCAUGUAACUGCCUCUGGCUCAUGAACGUCGAUGACAUGAUCCCUCUUAGAUACGAGAUGUACAUGUGUUAUUAGCUGUCUUUGGGUAAACAUGACGGCGUGAUCAUAGCGUGCUUUAGAGUGAAGCAGCCUUCAUGCUGAUGCGUGAGUAGCGUCUGCGAAAUGAUACCUAAAAUUACCGUCAAUAUUAGACUCCAGUUUCUGUGUUGCUACAAUUUUCUGCGGUAAAUGUAUCAUUAAGCCAUGCAGGCUCCACGCACUGAACUUCAGUCAACCACAUUGACAUUAUGCGUAGUGUUUUAAUAACAGAAAUUAACGAUGUAGACGUUUUGCCGUAUAAUUAUUACCUACGUGUAGAUUGAACAUAUUUAUACGUUAGACGUCGUGUCUAUUGAGAGCUUUAUUACUAUUGAGUUAGCGUUCGAUGGAAGUGAGUGUUGCUGGCCAUCUUGAGCUUGCGUCGUACAUUCAUUGUGGUGUAAUAUUUUAUUCUAAGAAAACAUUUCGCAUUCUGUAGAAGAAACCUCCUUUUAUGCAGUGAUGAUCUCCCUAACACAUGAUUACGUCGACUAGAAGAUAGUAGGUGAAGAGUGAUUAGAAAGCCCGUGCAACUAUAAUAGUACGGCUCCAACAUUUCCCUCGUAGGACCUAUAGACCAAUCGUGGAUUUUAUCAUUUUCGUCUACUAUGUAUUUGCGUACAUUCUCCAAAUUGUGAUAGGAACCUUCAUAAUUCUGAAACCUCAAAAAGCACGUUGUUUGUACCUCAGUACGGCUGCCGGCAUCACGUACGAAAAAGCUUAAUUGGAUUUUCCUGAGAAAUUAUACCUUCCGAUUGAAAUUUUAACGUAGCUCUAAUGGAUCUUAGUAACAACAAAUUCAGUGUCUGAUAGUUUUAACGCUAAAUUUUAAUAAAUAACCUGAAAAGACUGUCGUUAUUUUGGUAUGCCACUCAGCCGAACAGGCACAUAGACGUGUGUGGGCGUUAGGCCGAGUGGAAGCUUGGCCGUGUGGGCGUUAGGCCGAGUGGAAGCUUGCUUCUGCAGGUGCCUGGCCGUGUUUGCAAGACGAGGUCGGAUGUGCAAUUUGUUUUACCGACCGCUUUUUCUGAGCUGAUGCUGAUAAGAGUUGCGUUUCCCUAUUACUGACUUGAACUUCAUCUGUUAUGUUCCGAUAUGUUAUGGUAUGUUCCGAAUGAAGUCACGAUCUCAUUAGACUUUAGCUAACACAUUCGCCAGAAUUUCUGUCAAUUGAUGCGAUUUCAUUUACACAUGGAUCCCAAGGGCUCUUGUUGAAUUUAUUAUUUGUAUUUUCCAAAUAUAGUCCGGUAUUUACGUGUGCAUAUUUAUUUAUUAUUUUCUUAUUUAUUUAUUAAAUUUUAGGUAAUUAUAUCCCCGGCAUAUUCUGUUAAUAGGUGAAAAGUAUAUCUGUACAUAAAAUUGAGUAAAUCUCCCUUCAAUAGAACACCAAAUAUACCGCCUGAACCAU